UUUUAUCCCGACUAUUUUAUGUAUUUUUUAAAUAUAUGUAAAUGUUAUUAUAGUCUGUUCAGAAACACAUUAGUUUAAUUCACAUUAUCAAUGUCCAUUAAAAACUUAAUCACAUCCCCCCUGCAGCUGUGACAAGCACACAGGGGAAAACCACAAACCAUGUCAGCUUAAGACUAGACACUAUUGAGUGCCAUUAAUAUUUUAAUGAUACCCGUAGUGUCUACCAACAGAGAAUUCUAAGAGGCACUAUACAAUACAUUCAGACUCCUCCAUGUAGAGAACAGAAAUGCCAGAUGGCUGUGAUCUUGCAGUAUUUCUAUCAUAACUGGAAUCUGAAGGUUUGUUUGAGGUUGUUUGGCAGGUGACUCUCAUUGUUUUUGAGGUUGGCCACCUAAACUGAAGUGUCAAAUGCAACAACGUGAAGCAGGAAAACAAACAGCAGACUGGCUGCCUCAUCGAGAGAAUGUGUUAAAACAGUGGUUACGGAAUGAGUGAGGAGCAGAUGCAACAAACAUUACUUCCUCAUCUGCUCUGCCAUUGUGGACUUCUGUGUUGCCGUUCUGAGGGAACCAUGACGAUGAACACCACAGUGGACAACAUCACCAGCACACCAGUGACAACCAACACAACUCCAACAGCCCCCCCGGCCCACCUCACCAAGCCCUACAGAGUCGCCCUGAUUAUUAUCUACACUGUAGUCCUUCUGGUGGGCAUCACAGGCUUAAUCGUCAUGAUCAGCCUGCUAAAAACCAACAUUCGCUCGUUAACCACCAUCGCCUUCCUGAACUUGAUGGUCGCACACUUUCUGUUCCUGCUCACCGUGCCAUUCAGAAUCUACUAUUACGCGUCCAAAACAUGGCAGCUGGGUCCGGGAUUCUGUAAACUGGUCAGCGCCAUGGUGCAUAUCCACAUAUACAUGGUGUUCACCAUCUACUCCAUUCUUCUCACGGUUCGCUUCCUGCAUUUUUACAAGAAAACGCAGCGGACUGAGUUCUACAGGCGGCUGCACGCGCUGGGCGCGAGCGCUCUAGUGUGGUGCAUCCUGUUGAUCAUCAUGCUGCCCCUCGUGCUGUUACAAUACGGACACAAAGCCAUACCAAAACACCAGUGCUUCAAAUUUGGGGAUGAAUUAGAGGAGAACAAUGUCUACGCCCUGAACAUGGUUCUGUCCAUCCUUAUUAUCACCGUGUCGUGUUUUCAGACCUGCAUCCAGGUGGUCAUCCUACGCCAGAUGAUACUCAAGUACGGAGCCGCCAGCGGCUCCCAGCAGGAGUUUUGGGUCCAAAUAAAAAACCUCAGCUUUGUACUCAUCUUGCUCACUUGCCUGGUACCUUACCACCUUUUUCGGCUACAAUACCUGAAGAACAAUAGAGACCUUCAUCAGAUCAAUGAAGUGUUUCUGGCCAUCACCGGGCUUACGUGUUUCGACAUGCUGACGUUCACAGGGAAGAGCAUAUGUAAAGUGUGCUGGACAUAAAGCGGAUAACAACUACAUAUAUAGACGCUAUUUUCCGCAUCACUAAAGGUCUGCAGAUGUGAAGCUGCAAACCGUUUUAACAGAAAACGAGUGUUAUAAUUAUAAUACGGUAAAGACAGUAAAGAUGAAUGAACAUCAGUCUUAGCAAAAUGUAGCCUAUACCAUGUUAGCUGUAAUUUGUGCCAAAAUAGUGAUUAAUACAAUCAUCGGUGACUGAAAGCUUUUUACAUUGUUUGAAAAGCAGACCUGUUUGUUUAAAAAAUUUUUUAUCAUGUAAUUUCUUGUACCAUGACAAAUACCAUAUAGCAUGGUAGGCUAGGCCUAUCUAGUAAAGUAACAGUAGCAAUGCUAUCAUUCGAUAGUAGUGA